AUGACUGCCAUCGAACAUAUAUCUAAACAGGACAUUAGGUGUCAAAGGUGCAAGGAAGAGUCUGCUAUUUUGAAAGCAAGGGGUGAAUAUCAUUGUAAAGAAUGUUAUUUACGACUUGUUCGUGGGAAACAAAGGAAGCAAAUGUCAUCUGAAAAGUAUAAGAUCAACUAUAAAAAAUCGACACUCGGUCAACUAGAGAAAGUAUUGUUGGCAUUUUCAGGUGGGAUAUCUUCGUUAGUCUUGCUCGAUGUUUUGGGAAAUUUACUUUUAGAGCAACAACAAACGCAUAUAGGAUUGCAAGGAUUUGAAAUCGUGGUGGUUAAUAUAGAUGAAAAGGAAUUGAGCUCGUUAGAUAAAGAGGUAAUGUCAAUACUACCGGAACUUCUAACACGAUUUAAACCAGUUAAAAUUUCAUUCAAGACAGUGUCUUUGGAUUCAUAUGUGGACUUGAAUAGUUUGAAGGAAAUUCGUAUAGAAAAUGACUUCACCUCAUUGGCAAAUGCUGUGGAUGCACAAUCGUGCACAUUUAUUGAUUUAUUGAGUAGGUGCCCGAACAAGUCGUCUGUGGAGGACUUGUUGACUAUCGUGUUUGAAAAGUUACUUUUACAAGCUGCAUAUGAUGAAGGGUGUGGAACUAUAGUGCUUGGCCACUCGAUGACCAGGAUUGCCAAUGAGAUAAUUGCACUUACAGUUAAAGGUAGAGGAUCUUCUAUACACAGGUUAAUAUCCAACAGGACUGAAAAUUACAAUGACAAGGAUAUUGACAUCAUAUACCCAUUACGUGAUUUGUUGUUUGCAGAAAUUGACGAGUAUGCCGUCCUUUCCGAUUUGAAAAAGUACGAAGUUUAUUCUAAAGUUGUCAAGUCGAGAGUAUCUAAGAACUUGACCAUUCGUGAUUUAGUAAGCAAUUAUUUCACCAAUUUGGAUGUCACAGGUUACUCUUCAACAGCGUCAACAGUGAUGAAAAUCGGUCAGAAAUUGGGCUCUCCUGAAUCCAAACCCAAUACAAACUGUAAAGUUUGUGGUGUGGAAAUUUAUCAGGAUCCAAAAGGCUGGCUAAAGAUGAUUACAGUGAAUGAACCAGCGUUAAUUGAAACUGAGGAGGAGAGGAAUUAUUUGGAAAUGUAUUUAUCAAGUGUUGAACAUAAUCCGAAUCGUAGUUUCAAUGGUGAAAAUAUUGACCUUUGUUAUGGGUGUAUCACUACAUUAAAUGGAGUUCGAGGGGAAGACUUUGUUUGGCCAAUAGAGCCAGAAUUAAACUUAAAGUAUCGAGAAGCGUCAAAUGAAGCUAACAAGAAGCAGGUAUUAAAUGAGUUUGUAUUGACAGAUACUGAGGAUGACUAA